AUGUGUUUGUGUGUGCGGGAAUUUCUGUUGCGUGAAGUUGCAAUAAAAGAAACCACGUGUAAAAGUGUUCUGCAAUUUUUGUUCACCAGUUAACUGCGAGUGCGGAUAAUGAUAAUAAACCCCCCCUUAAGGCCCAUAUGCUUGGAGUAUUUGUUGGACUAUUCGAUCGAGAAAUAAACCUCACAGCAGCUGUCAAAGUCCGUUCAAGUUUGAUUUCAGUUUCGCCAUUAAAUUUAGGCAUUACCCGAGGAUUUUAACAUAAAUUAGCCGGCAAAAUUAGCAUUUGUAUUUAUCAUUAUCGCACCCAUACACUGACAUUUAAGACAGAGUGAUAAAGAAAAAGAAUUUACCUGUGAAAGUGAAAACGUGACAACACGAUAAAAACGAACGAGGCAAGCAAAACAAAAAACGAGUGCAUAAAAAACACUCAGCGACGCAAACGAAUAAAGGAACAGGAGCAGAAGGCGAGGAAGAAGAACAAGUGCAGCGACAAAAAAGAAAAAACAAAUAAUCAACGAAGGAAGUGCUUGAAAAAAACAAGAACGAAACAACUGAAACUAAAUUGACAGACUUUGAAAAGCCGCCAUAUUCUUCGAUUUGAUUAUCACACAGCUAUGCCCUUGCAGUGUUCGUGCUAAAUCGUUUACUAUAAUGAAUUCCGCGCGGCAUCAUCGUAUUGGAGUGUUUCUGUCUCCAUAAGUUGGCCACCAGUCACGACGUCACACUAAAUCUAAACAACAAGAUAUCUAACAAAACGCCAUUUAAACAAGGCUCGCAAAUUGAUUCCCACGCAACGGAAACGGAAGGCAACGCUCUGCAAAAUAAAAGCCAUCUAGUCAAACGGAAACAUCGAAGGAAACGCACCAUACAACAGCUGCCCGGCGUGAAGUGAGUGCUCAAGUGGAAACGCAGACCCAAGACCCAGAUCAAAACUUGACAGCCGAAAGGACCCCAAGAGUGACCGCAAAACUGGCUAAGAAGAUGCCAUACCACCGCGGAGGAGAUGCCUCCUCGCAGGCUGACAAGCUGAGCGGUAUCGUGGAGGAGAGCGACCUGUAUGAGGGGUUUGCUCCUCACGUUGAGACUUCGGGAAUCAAAACCCUUGACUUUUACAAUCUACCAAAGCCCACUGGCAAAGAGCCGGCACUGCGCUCCUACACCGAAAUCCAACAGCUGCUGCAGCAGGGCAAAAAACGUGACGUGAAGAAUAUACUCAGGGAGAACUCGUGGCCGAUCAACUCCCCGAUCCGAUCCCAGCUAUGGCCGAUGCUGUGUGGCCAGCACCAGACCAAGGAGCACAUGCUCGAUGGCUUCUACUGGGAGAUGGUUCACCAGGUCUUUGGCACCACGGAGCUGUCGGAGAAGCCCAUUAUGCUGCCCGCCUUUGUGGAUGCCACCCAUUGUUUGCCGUAUCACCUGACCAGCACCGGCAGAGCCGUGGCCGAUCGCAUCGUGAAUGUCCUGGGCUACGAUUGCCCCGAUAUUACUUACAGUCCAGUAUUGUAUCCCAUUACAUCGAUACUAUUGCAUUUCAUGUCGGAGGAGGAGGCGUACGUGUGCCUGGCCGGUCUGGUGGGCAGCAAGGAGAAGGUAUUCAUCAAUCAAACCAAACUACAGCACGAGGUCACCUGGAAGACGGUGAUGCAGAUAGCCAAAAAGCACACGAAAAGUGCAACUUCGUAUUUCCAACGUAUUUGCCCGGGCCUGAAGCUAGAGCGCGUCUUCAUGGACUGGUGCUGGUGGAUUCUAGCCGGUCUUCCCUUCCAGCAUCUGGUGCGGAUCAUGGACUGCUAUUUCCACGAGGGCAUCAAGGUCCUGUAUCGCGUGGCCCUCGUCAUACUCAAUCUGUUUCACAAGGAGUGUCAGUCGAACAACGAAUGGAGUCCGGAUAAUAUUAAAAACGACAUUGGCAAUGCGCUGAUUAAGUUCUGCAAGAAGAUACCAGUGUCGCCGGCGAAGCUGCUCCAUGCCGCCUUUAGUAUUAGGGGACUGAGUACCCAGUAUAUUUCUAGAAUAUUUAUCAAGACUGAAAUGCUACUAAAAAGCCGUUCCGUGCUCACCAGCGGUUCGAAGCAAUUAAUCAAAUCGCGUUCAAGUGAUAAUCUGCCCACUAGUCAGUCGCAGGUCAACAUACAGAUGAUGUCGCACACCCUGACCAUCCGAGAGGGCGAAAAAUCGCCCGGUCAUAGAGCCAUCGCGAUGGGCGUUUAUCCCAUACACAAUCUGAAAAGUCAAGCUUGUAAGAACGAAGAUCUAUUCACGCUGUGGUCCUGGCUGCCCGUGCGGAUAACAAUGUACCAACCGGUGCUGCUCUACACCACGGAGGAGCAUGGCUGUUCCCUGACCACGUUCUACGUCCGGGUGGAGCAGCAUGAGCCCACGCUGCUCAUGAUCAAGACGUGCAAUAAUGAGGUAUUUGGCGCCUAUUGCUCCUCGCGCUGGUUCGAACGGAACGUCAAAGAUGACAAGGGCCAGCGACAGGCCUACUUUGGCACCGGCGAAACCUUUUUGUUCUCCCUGUAUCCGGAGCGAGCCAAAUACCCCUGGGUGGGCAUUGAGGGCGACAAGGAUCUGGGCCACAGUUCCGAGCUGUUUAUGGCCGCCGACUCCAAGAUGAUUACCAUUGGUGGCGGCGAGGGUCAGGCCAUCUGGAUGGACGAGAAUAUACGAUUUGGCAAGACGGACAGCUGCAAGACCUUCAACAAUCCGCCCCUGUGUCCAUCGGGAGACUUUGAGAUCCGUGUACUGGAGGUCUAUGGCUUUGUGGGCAUCUAAAACUCCUCUUUCAGUCUGACCGAGAUAUUGCCCGCCGAUGAUCAAGUGCUCGCUCAGCCAAGCGCCAAAUUGUUCGACCUUUCCCCCCGCGUUUCCUAUAUACCCAACUCAAGAACCUGCAGAUUGCUUUCGUUUCCGCCGUUAUGGCGGAUGCCGACGAUGAUAAAACCGAGAUGAGAAAAUGUGUAAACAUUUAUAAAAGCUUAUUUAUAAAUGCAUGUAUCGAAAGUGUGGCCAAGCAGCAAGCUUGUUAAAUGUUAAAUGUUAAUGAAAACAAAAUUAUAUAUUAUAUAAUGGAAAUACUCUGUGAGUUCAUAUGUUUCAAAACGCAAAGCUUUGAAAUUACAAUACACUAGUUGUUAUAUAACCCCUUUACAUAUAUAUAUAUACUAUACAAGCAUAUAUGCAUAAUGAAUUAUAUUAUAAAAGUGUAUAUCUAAAUGUAAAUCAUGUAUUUCUAAAGCAGCAGAGAAAACAAAAUAUUCCUUAAACGAAUCGAAAGCAAAAACCACAACAAACACCAGAAAACUUUUGGGCUGCAAAUUUCAUUAUUAUUAUUAUUAUUAUUAUUAUUGUUUAUUAGCGUUGUAAUAUUUCAUUUAGUUUAAAACUAUGUAUGUAUUUUUUCUUUCUGUAAACCAAAUUUACUGACUUGACUGAAUUCGUUAUUAAUGUUAUUAAUAUUAUUAUAAUUAUUAUUGCUAUGUGUAUAGAAGAAAGUGUAACUUGUGUAAAUUGCAUAGAAAACAAAGCAAAACAAAACAAACUUGAAUGUUUCUAAAAGUUGUCUCCCAAUCAAUUGGUCGCAAACAAAAUAUAUAUAGAGAUAAAGCAAAAA